AUGGAAUUUAAUAUAAUAAAUACUACUAAAAACCGCGAGUGUUUAAUUUUUCGUAAUUAUAAAUUCCACUUCAGUAGAAAUUUGGUUUCGGGAAAUAUAUCUUGGCGUUGCAUUAAAAAAGAUUGUAGUGCGUAUGUAAAAACGAAUUGUUCAAAAUCAACACUAAUCGAGAUUAAAGACAUCCAUAACCAUGAACCGAAUAGUAUUGAAGAUUUAAACUUGCUGGAAGUUAGAGGUAAGUGCAAAAGAAAAGCAUGCGAGGAUUUAAAUUUACGGCCAAAUAAAAUAAUACGCAUUACGCACGGAGCUAUCUUCAUGUAG